AUGUACUUUGAUUUGGAUGACAUUCUCGCCGAUUCGCAAAAAUUUACAGGCUCCUUUGAGGUCGACGUGCACAAUGUCGGAUGCCUCAUCAACUCUAAGGAGAGCGCCAAGAUCAGCAAGACAGACAAGCUCGAGUUGCCAUUUUGGCUGGUCACGUCGCUGUCGCACAUCUUCCUCUCUGAGGACCGAUCGCUCUUUUCCGUGGAAAGGCCAGAGUAUUUGAGCAAGUUGGCCACGAACUUCUUCAAGGCGUCACCGCUGAACGCAGACCUGUCGGUGGUGUCGCAUUUCUACCGGAUUGUGGAAAAAUGGUGUGACUUCAUUGACCAGCCCGAGUUGGUUGACACCGUCUUUGACAUGCUCGUUGCCCGUGCGGGACGGAUCAACGACUUGUCAUUUAACGCGUCAGAGAUGCACUCUCGCGAGAACGUUGAGUUUCUCCAGACGCUGGACUCCUUUGAAAAGGACCUUUUCCAGAUCUCGUCCGAGUCGUACAAUGACUCGCGGAAUUGGAUGAAGUCUGUUAUACACUGA